AUGAGUUUCAACGACAAGGAUUUAGAAAAAUUCUUACGGAGUUUUGCUGUAAUCUCUGUACAGACUAUUGUCCAGUCUCGACUGGGAGAAAGGAUUCAAACUAAAAAUGCUGGACCUUCUCAAUAUUGGUUUUCACCAACCUUAAAAGAUGUUCCAGAACUCAGCCGACGUGCUCGUAGUUUUACCAGUGGCUACCAACCUCUAUCAGGGCAAACUAUUUCUCAGCAUAAGACAACUCGGCAGAUAGCUAUAGAAAUGAAGGAUGACCACUACAAGGCAGAGAGUGGAAGUCCACGGAAAUGCACUGCACCUCGUCCCUGCCAUCCAGGCCACAGAAGAAAUAAAAAUGUUUCUGACACAGAAACAGAGGGACUGAAUGGACCAUACUCUGAAGGUUCUUUAGAUGGACAACCUUCUCCUCACCUUAGCAAUGGCAACAUCCCCAAAUCACAACCAAUUGACAUUUGCCAACAGAUAAAUGGUCACCGAAAUGAUUGUGAUCUUUCAGAUUCUGAUAAAGAAAAUGAUGAUGACUACUUGGAUGAUCAAGUUGUUGGUGCUUUCGCAAGUGACUUAUCCUACAAUUUGAACAAGGCUUCUUCAAGUGGAAUGGACGACAUCCCUUUCAUCAGCCUCCUACAGAAUGCUAAUAAACCAAACAUGCAAAGUUGUAGUCCCUCAGGUGUGUCACAUUCGUCUGCAACAGAUGAUCCAGUUACCAGCCCUGAUAAUGAACCACCAUUGACAGAACACUUGCUUCAUCAGUAUGCAAGUGAUGCUGCCAGUGAUGAUGAUGAUGAAAACUGUAACCAGGAGGGAUUUGUUCUCAUUGAUUCAAUUCCUCCUUUUGCUGGUGAAGAUACAUCCAGCGAGUUGUGGCGCUGUUACCAAGAGACACAGGGAGUCCCCACACUCACAAUAUGCAAAGAAGAAUUUACCCUUGCAGAAACACUACAAGAUGUCACCAACCAACUCCAGGCCUUUGAGUCAAAUUCUAAAGACUUUGAUGAUUUUGUUAAUGAAUUAGCAGAGAAAGAGUAA